AUGAGCGUUACCAUCGAGGAGCGGGGCAGGCCCAACACCCAGGACUACAGGGUGUUCUUCAAAAACUCAGAGGGCAUAUACAUCUCUCCAUUCCAUGACAUACCCAUCUACGCAAAUGAAGCAGAGAAUAUAUUUCACGCUGUUGUGGAGGUUCCAAGAUGGACAAAUGCAAAGAUGGAGAUCGCCACCAAAGAUCCUCUCAAUCCACUGAAACAAGAUAUAAAGAAGGGGAAUCUACGUUAUGUAGCGAAUGUGUUUCCUCACAAAGGCUACAUCUGGAAUUAUGGAGCUAUUCCACAGACAUGGGAAGACCCCAACCACAAGGACAGCGACACAGGGUGCUGUGGAGACAAUGAUCCUAUUGAUAUAUGUGACAUAGGAAAUAAGGUGUGCUCUAGAGGAGAAAUAAUCAAAGUGAAGGUGUUGGGAACUCUGGCACUGAUCGAUGAGGGGGAAACAGACUGGAAGGUCAUUGUGAUCAAUACUGAGGAUCCUGAAGCUGCAGACUUUAACGACAUUGAUGAUGUGAGACGACUUAAGCCCGGAUACCUGGAGGCAACUGUUGAUUGGUUCAAAAGAUACAAAGUCCCAGAUGGGAAACCUGAGAACCAGUUUGCUUUCAACGGAGAGUUCAAGGACAGGGAUUUUGCCAUUGAAACAGUGAAGAGCACCCAUGAGUUUUGGAAGGCACUUAUUUCUAAAAGGACUGAUGCUGGCGAGUUAAAAUGCAUUAACACCAGCGUCUCAGAUAGUCCGUUCUGCUGCUCUGCUGGGGACGCAGAGGCUGUGGUUAAGUCUGCGUGUGCUUUUGGAGCCGAAGAUCCCAUUCCAAGUUCAGUUGACCAAUGGUUCUACUAUGAGAAAUAAGAAGAAACCAUAAUUCCUUCUUUCUUUCUUCACCUGAUCUCAACACAACACAAGAGCAUUGCAUGAACUGGAUACAUUAAUAUUUUAUGUCACAUUUACUUGCUUUUUUGUUCACACUUGAAUGACUGAUGCUUGAAAAAAAAUGCUUGUUGUGCGAUUGUGACUCAAUAUUACAUUAAAGUUAUUGGAGGGCCUUGACAGAACACUGCAAUAAACCACACUAA